AUGUCGAUCGAAUUUACCGUAUAUAAAGGUGCCGAAGAUGGUAUCAAAGAAGAAGUGACGCGCAAAGAUGAAUUGAAGCGCGACGACGUGCUCGUCCGCGUCACUCACUCAGGCGUCUGCGGCACCGACCUCCAUUAUCAGACCGCCGACAUGGCCCUUGGCCAUGAGGGAACAGGUGUGGUAGAAGCGACCGGGCCCGAUGCCCACAUUCUGAAGAAAGGCGACCGAGUAGGCUGGGGAUACGAACACGAUUGCUGCGGCCACUGUCGCCAAUGCCUGACAGGCUGGGAGACGCUAUGCUCCGAGCGAAAGAUGUACGGGUCGGCCGAUCUGGAUCAAGGAUCCUUCGCGACGCAUGCUGUGUGGCGUGAGGCCUUCCUUUUCAAGAUCCCAGACAACCUUCUUAAUGAGGAUGCGGCUCCACUGAUGUGUGGUGGAUCCACCGUCUGGAAUGCUCUGAAUGUCGCCGGGGUGCGACCGACAUCUCGCGUCGGCAUCGUCGGUAUUGGAGGACUGGGACAUCUAGCCAUCCAGUUCGCUGCUAAAAUGGGCUGUGAGGUUGUUGUGUUCUCUGGUACGGAUAGUAAGAAAGAAGAGGCGUCCAAAUUGGGAGCAACGGAAUUCCAUGCGACCAAGGGUUUGAAGGAGUUGAAGCUGGAAAGGCCUAUUGAUAACCUACUCGUCACUACCAGCAGUCAGCCGGAUUGGUCGAUGUACUUCAACGUGAUGGCGCCUGGCGGCGUCAUUUCACCUUUGUCGGUGGAUUCGGGCGAACUGAAGGUUCCGUAUAUGCCUUUGCUGACGACGGGUCUCCGGGUGCAGGGUGGAAUUGUUUCUUCAAGACAGGUGCACCGUGAGAUGCUGGACUUUGCGGCUCAUCACAAAAUCAAGCCUGUGAAGAUGACUUUCCCAAUGACUUUGGAAGGAGUGAAGCAGAGUCUGAAGACGCUGGAGGAUGGCAAGAUGCGUUACCGAGGUGUUCUUGUCGCGGGCAAGUAA